AGACACAGUCUUCACAUUUUUUUAUAUAGAUUGUUUUUUUAGAAGCAAGUAUGUUUUGUAGAAAAAAUAUUUGGACUAGACUUGAACCAAUCUAUCAGCAUUUAAAACCAUAUGUCAAGAGAGCAAGUCAAAAUGGACAAGUAAUUUUGCAUCAAUUUAAACAGUCUUCAUGGCAAUGUAGAUCUUUUGCUGUUAUUCUAUCAGGAACAACAUUAUAUGUUGCAUACACCAACAAUAGAAUUCUCAAUGCUGCAGAGAAAAAGAAGAAGCUUGUAAUAUUAGGUUCUGGUUGGGGUGCUGUGAGCUUAAUUAAAUCGUUAAAGCCUGGACUGUAUGAUGUUACAGUUGUCUCACCAACAAAUUAUUUUCUCUUUACACCAUUACUUCCAUCAGUAACUGUGGGAACUGUUGACAGCAGGACGUUAGUCGAACCUAUACGAAAAAUUAUAAAAAGGAAACACAAAGGAAAUGAUGUGCAGUAUUUUGAAGCUGAAUGUACAGAUGUUGAUAGUGUUUGUAAGAAAGUGACAUGCCAAGAUAAGUCAGGAGUCACUGGUGAAAAAAGUGAAUUCAAAUUAAACUAUGAUGUCUUAGUUGUAGCUGUUGGAUCAAAAACAGCAACUUACAAUAAAGAAGAUAUAGAGAAAUACACACACAAAUUAAAAACUAUUCAGCAAGCACAGGAAAUUCGUAAGAACAUUAUGGAUGCAUUUGAAACAGCUGCUAUACCUGGCCAGCCAGAGCAGGAGAUCAAACGACUGCUAAACUUUGUUGUUGUAGGUGGAGGUCCUACAGGUGUUGAAUUUGCUGGUGAAUUGAGAGAUUUUGUUGAAAACCUGAAGAAGUUAUAUCCACCAAAUCUCAUUGACAGUGUGACAGUGACACUUGUGAACAGCCACUACAAAGUUUUAAGUAUGUAUGAUCAAGAGAUCAGUCAUUUCGUGGAGAAAAAGUUCAAGUCAUCUGGUGUUGAUGUUAUUGGCGGUUGCUAUGUUGUUGGCAUGAACGAUAAAACAAUUUUUAUUAAGAACAAGCAAACCAAAGAAGUGACAUUACUUCCUUAUGGUAUGUGUGUUUGGGCUGCGGGUAUUGCACCAAGGGAAAUUACGAAGACAAUGAUAUCGAAGAUUCCAUGUCAAAGGAACAGAAAUGCACUGGUUACUGACGCAUUCUUGAAAGUAAAGAACACAGAGAAUAUUUUCGGCAUAGGAGAUUGUGCCACGGUGGAGUUCACGAAACUUUUAGAAAAUAUUGAAAACUUAUACAAACAAGCUGAUGCUGAUGGUAAUGGAGAAUUGAAGCUUGAUGAAUUUGAAGCCUUUCUAGAUAACGUCAGCAAAACCUACCCGGAGAUGAAUCAGCAUUUUAAUAAAAUGAAAAAAUCAGUGCACAAGACGUUCGCUACGUUAGACGCUAAUAAUGACCAAACUCUCAGUCUUGAAGAAUUUAAAAUAUUUCUAAGUGAUGUUGAUAACAAGUUAAAGUCUUACCCUGCAACUGCACAAGUAGCCUCGCAACAAGGGAAAUACGUUGCCACUCUUCUCAACAAGCAUCCCGAAAUACUGCAAGAUGACCACUCUUCAUGCGUUCCAUUUACAUACAACCAUUUGGGUAGUUUUGCGUAUGUGGGUGGCGAACGGGCUGUCCUACAGUUGCCUGUCAUUGGAUCGUUGACAGGCUGGGCGACAAUGUGGUUAUGGAGGGCGGCUUAUUUAAACCAAGCUGUGAGUUGGAGGAUGGAGUUUUUGAUUGCGUUGGAUUGGAUAAAAGCGCAUGCGCUGGGAAGGGAUACUUCACGAAUAUAAGAGAAAGCAGCCCAAAGAAUAUAAACUAAAUUCUAAAGAUUGCUAUAUUAUUGGCUUUUUAAAGCAACUCCUUCUUACUGAACCAUUCAAAUUUGGGUCUGACCAGUUGUUUAGUUUUUGUAUAUAAUUUUUAACAUUAUCAUUGGCAGUAUAAUUACAUAAAUUAGCAUUAUUCUUCAGUCAGCCUUAGCACUUAAAAAUUAAAACAAUUUUAAAUGUUACAGAACUGAUACAGAACCUUUAUUUCAAGUAACCCUCAGAUGGAAUGAGAUGUUUUUUAUGAUUUUCGGUUUGUCAUUUAUUUAUUUAUUUUAUUGUGUAAUAAUAUAGUAUAGUAUAUAAUCUUAUAAGAAAUAUUCAGGACAUGCAAAUAUAUAUAGAUCUGUGCAUAUACCAUACAAACUAGCCUGUAUUCUAUACGAACUA